CAGCUAAAGUUUUACACUAGUUUUUGUUUUUUAGGGCAUUUAUAGCCAUCUUCUCCUUCACCUGUAUCCCACCUACUCUUCCUCUCAAAUAUUCCAUUAAAAAAAAAUUCAUUAAAGAAUUUCUCUGCUGUCGUAGUGAAGACUAUCAUUUCUUUAUCUUUUUCUUUUUUUGCAGGAAAACAUGCUACUUUCCAUGAAAAUUUCUUGACCCUCUCUAGCUUUCUGUCAAAACUACCUCCAAAGAUUUCUGGAUUGUUAAAAAACGAGGUUUUGCAAUCAUGGGUAAUUUAAUUUGCAUGACAAAGAAGGACACUAGAGAUAAUAAUCAUGGAUCAAAAAGCAAGAGAAUGGGUAGGUCUCAAAGGAAGUUGUUGGCAGAGGAGGAGUUCUUGCAUAGACAAGCUCUUUCUAUGGCACUACAACAGCACCAAUUGUCUCAGAGAUUUGAUGGAUCCAUGUCCAGGAGGAUUGGUUCAACUAGCUCUAGAAGAAGAAAUCUCUCUGAUCCUUUCUCUAAUGGCAAACAGGCACCAGACUUUCUGGAGAAUAUGAAGUUAAAUAAGUUUGUUCUGGUGCAUGGAGAAGGUUUUGGAGCAUGGUGUUGGUACAAAACGAUUGCUUUGUUGGAGGAAGCAGGAUUGGUUCCUAUUGCCAUAGAUCUAACAGGAUCUGGUAUUGAUCUGGCAGAUACAAACAGUGUCACAACAUUGGCAGAGUACUCAAAACCAUUGAUUAGUUAUUUAGAAAACUUGCCUGAGGAUGAACAGGUUAUUUUGGUUGGCCAUAGUACUGGAGGUGCAUGUGUCUCUUAUGCACUUGAGCAUUGCCCCCAAAAGAUCUCGAAAGCUAUUUUUCUCUGUGCUACAAUGGUGUCUGAUGGUCAGAGGCCUUUUGAUGUGUUUGCUGAAGAGCUUGGAUCUACAGAACGUUUUAUGCAAGAAUCACAGUUUCUGAUUCAUGGAAAUGGUAAAGACAAGCCUCCUACAGGAUUUAUGUUUGAGAAACAGCAAAUGAAAGGUUUAUAUUUCAAUCAAUCACCAACAAAGGAUGUUGCGUUGGCCAUGGUUUCAAUGAGACCCAUUCCACUUGGUCCCGUCAUGGAGAAGCUAUCAUUGUCCCCUGAAAAAUAUGGAACUGGCCGGCGGUUCUUCAUUCAGACACUGGACGAUCAUGCUCUUUCACUAGAUGUCCAAGAAAAGCUAGUGAGGGAUAGUCCACCAGAAAGAGUCUUCAAGAUUAAAGGAAGUGAUCACUGCCCAUUCUUUUCAAAGCCUCAGUCCCUUCAUAAAAUAUUGUUGGAAAUUGCUCGAAUUCCAUAGAUUAUAUUUCAGAAAAUUGAGUUCAAGCCGUUUACAAUGUGAAGGUCCAGUAUAGUAGGUAACACUUGGGCCAUAUGCCUACUGUUAUUUAUCUCCUUUUCAGGUAUGUUUACAAGAAGUUAAAUUUAUCAACUUUUUUCUUAGACAAAUCUCAAUAUCAUUUAUUUAUUAUGACUGAAA